GCGGCCGAAAAAAAGUUAUAGCGGCAGGGUAGAUGCCGACUUUUCUUUUUGAGCCCAGUACUAGACAGCAAAAGCAAACGAUUCACUACGGGUAGCAGAGCCGAUAAUUAACAAUGGCUGGCGUUGCUGAAAAGGCGAGAUUCUAUCUCGAACGCUCAGUUCCUCAGCUCCGUGAAUGGGAAGAAAAGGACAUCUUUUCCAAGGAGGAAAUUCGUACUCUUGUCCAAAAACGAAACGAUUUCGAACACAAAGUCCUUGCUCGUGGAAACACAGCCUACGAAUGGUCCACCUAUGCCCAAUGGGAGAGAUCUCUCGAGGCUCUCCGCAGUAAGCGAUGCGUGCGCCUCAAGAUCCGACAUCUCAACUCGGCGCAUGCUGGCCAAGGCCGAGUCCUAGGAAUCUACGAGCGAGCCGUCGGGCGACACCCUGGAAGCAGCGAGCUAUGGCGCGAAUAUCUACACUACACAGCCGAGAUCAAGGCAUCGAAGCGCUGGCGUAAGACCAUGACCAACGCCCUGCGCAUGAUGCCUACCGACGCCGACCUCUGGAUCAUGGCCGGCGCGCGAUCGGCCAAGAACGGCGACAUGGCUGCUGCCCGCGGCUUCUUCAUGCGCGGCUGCCGCUUCUGCACCAAGGAGUGCAAGCUGUGGAUCGAGUACGCUCGCUCCGAGAUGCAGUGGCUGGACAAGAUGGAGAAGAAGAAGGGCCGCGAAGACAAGAAGAAGGUCAAGAAGAUUGAGGACGAUGACGAAAUCAUCAUGGGCGACAGUGACGACGACGAAGACGACAACGGCAUGAUUCUGCCUGAGCCGUCGGCGGCCCAGGCCAAGGUCAUUGAUAAGCAGGACUCAAAACAGCUGGCGUCCAACCCGGCCAUGGACGGCGCCAUCCCCAUGGCUAUUUUCGAAAUUUCUCGCAAACAGUCCUUCUUCAAGGCAGAUGUUGCCGAGCAGUUCUACCUCAUGUUCAUGUCCUUUACUGAGGUAUCGUCGCAUGCUCGCAUAUCGCAGCACGUCCUGGACGCUCUGACGACAGCCUUUCCCAAGGCGGCUGCUACAUGCAGCUGCCACAUCCAGGCGCCUAUUCUGGGCGUCGCCCCAGGCACGGCAGAGUACCCGCGACGUCUGCAGCAGGUCGUGCCGCUGCUGGAAAAGUACAUGGCGGAGACGGAGGACAAGGCUGGCCUCAAGCGCAAGACGGCUGCCUGGAUGGACGAGCAGCUCAAGUGGGAUGGCCUGGAUGAGGACGUCCGCGCUGUAUUGGAGUAUCUGCGAAAGAAGCACUGCGGGGACUUGUAAAGAACCUAUUUCAUUCCGUCAUUUGUACAUAUUUCUCCAUUGAUAGAAUAAUGAAGCGUUGCAUUACCUAAACCCCUUACCGAGACUGUUGCAACAAAUAAAGCCUCGGGCUUGCUCGCCACUAACCUAGCAUCUAAACUUGGUCCGUUUGUCAUGCGGCUGCAGCAGCAGUGUGCUUGCUCUGACAAGCUACAGGUCAGAUCGUCUUCGUGGACGGGUGGCGACAGGCAUCAGGACUGUGUGUAUUCAUAUGCAACUGCCAAAAGAGAAAAUUAAAUAAAUAGCCAACUCAACAAUCGUUUUCUCUCGUAAACUUUGACAGGUGACAUUCCACUGGAAGUUUAAAAGCGCAAUGGUGACCACAGCACAUUCAAAC